CCACAAAGUUAGUUGUUCAAGACUGUGUGCAUGUGUGUGUGUGUGUGUGUGUGUGCGCGCACACUGGCGUGUGUUAGCAUGUGCCUGUGUAUAGUGUGUCAUCAUCUCCAUUCACAUCAAUGAAUUAAAGGAAGGGGUUUGGUCUGCAGAGACAUUACACAGCCCAGCCCCGAAGUGACUCUUAUCAACUGUGUGCAAGGAUUCAUCAGUGUUGAUCUCACCAGCCCCCAUUGUCACACCCCUGGGUAGCAGAGGUUAUGUUGUCUUUACAGGUCUGUAGGUCUAAUAUCUGAUUGGAGGUUAACUUUACAGUAAUGCUAUUGGUCAACAACUCAGAUUUUUUAUCCAAACAACUCAGAUGUUGUAAAGGUCUCAGAUUCAUUGUAUCGUUCUCUUUUUAUGUUCCUGAACUGCUGUGGUCCAGAGUUUCUCAGCGUUUUCCAGUGAGUGUGUAGCGUUUUGAGAAGUUUGAGGGGUACCUGUGAGCCUCAGCGUCCAGCCACCACUGUCUCUGUGCCUACGCACCAGCAUGCAUCUUACCCAGGACCCCAAAGUUGAGAUAGGAUUGAGCGAUCAGGGAACGGUCAACCCUGCCUUUAGGGGCCCGGACAGUGGUCAGUCAGAGAGGGUUGACAUGGAUGGGUCUCACACAGAGGGCCUGGAAGAAGGUCUGGAGGACCAGAACAAAGGCCUGGAUCUGGUCUACUCCAUCAAUGAUAGGCCACCAUGGUAUCUCUGCAUCCUGCUGGGCUUCCAGCAUUACAUCCUGGCAUUCGGUGGCAUCAUUGCAGUGCCUCUGAUCCUGGCCGAGCCUCUCUGUAUUGGAGACAACAAUGCCGCCAAGAGCCAACUCAUCUCCACCAUAUUCUUUGUGUCGGGUGUGUGCACACUGCUUCAGACCACUAUCGGAACCAGGUUGCCAAUCCUCCAGGGGGGUACCUUUAGCUUCAUCACCCCCACCCUGGCCAUCCUUGCCCUGCCUAAGUGGCAGUGCCCUGCCCCCAGUGCCACGUCAGUGUCCCAGCAGCUUCAAAACGCCACUGAAUCCCUGCUAAUGGACUCUGAUGAGGUGUGGAAGUCACGCAUGAGAGAGAUCCAGGGGGCUAUCCUGGUGUCGUCCCUGCUCCAACUAGUCCUGGGCUUGUCAGGUCUAGUGGGCCUAGUGCUGAAGUUUAUCGGGCCCCUGGCCAUCGCUCCCACCAUCAACCUCAUUGGCCUCUCACUCUUCAUAGAAGCCGGGAAGAAAUCUGGGGCCCACUGGGGAAUAGCUGCCCUGACAGUGUGCCUCAUCCUUCUGUUUUCUCAGUACCUGAGCAAAGUUGAAGUUCCUUUGAUUGCUUACAAGGAUAAGAAGUGGAAAGUCUUCCAGUAUCCUCUCUUUAAGCUGUUUUCAGCUUUGUUUGGGAUGUGUGGUGCUUGGUUGGUCUGCUUCUUGCUAACCAUCUUCGAAGCCCUUCCCUCUCAGCCGGACCAGUAUGGCUACACAGCCAGGACUGACGUGAACCUGGAUGCCGUCACUAGCGCACCAUGGUUCCACGUCCCAUAUCCAGGCCAAUGGGGCAUGCCCACAGUGAGUGUGUCCUCGGUGUUGGGCAUGAUAGCUGGCGUCCUUGCCUCCACCAUGGAGUCCAUUGGGGACUACUACGCCUGUGCCCGCCUGUCCGGUGCCCCUCCUCCGCCCACCCACGCAAUCAACAGGGGUAUCGCUGUGGAGGGCAUUGGCUGCAUCCUGGCAGCGCUGUGGGGCAGCGGGAACGGCACCACAUCCUAUAGCCAGAACAUCGCAGCACUGGGCAUCACUAAAGUUGGCAGCAGACUGGUCCUUCAGACUGCUGGUCUCCUGAUGAUCAUCCUGGGACUCUUUGGGAAGUUCGGGGCCGUUUUCAUCACCAUUCCAGACCCGGUCAUCGGAGGCAUGUUCCUCGUCAUGUUCGGAAUGAUUGCAGCUGUGGGAAUCUCCAACCUUCAGUACGUGGACCUGAACUCCUCCAGGAACUUACUCAUCUUGGGCUUCUCAACCUUCAGUGGCCUGGUGCUGCCUACCUGGUUCCACUCAAACCCAGGCAUCAUUGACACAGGGGUAAAAGAACUGGAUCAAGUUAUAGUUGUUCUCUUCACUACGCACAUGUUCAUCGGUGGGUUCUUUGGAUUUGUAUUGGACAACACGAUUCCAGGUACCGAAAAAGAGAGGGGCAUUAAAAGUUGGCGUAAGAAAGUGACAGAGGAUGGCAGCACAAUGAUGACAGACCGGUCCUGCUACGAUAUACCUUUUUGUACUAACUGUCUACAGAGGUUCAAGUUCUUCCAGUACCUGCCUUUCCUUCCGUCUUACAAGGCUCCAGAACUUAGAACAUAAGAAUGGUUCCAGUCUUAACUGGACCCCAGGAAGACUAGCAGUGGCUAAGGUGCCAACUAAUGGAGAUCUGAAGAAUAAAGAAUAAAGAACUUGUGAUUAGCACACUGUUAGCACCACUAGCAUUCUCCACCACACUUUUAGACUGAGUCUGCCAGCAGCUGUGGCUUUACUGCCAAUGGCAUCAUAACACAGGGAGGUGGGUAUAGACUUGGAACUGUCCCAGCUGGUGGAGUUCUUCUCUCUUGCUUGUCAACAUCGAAUGCAAUUACAUUCCAUUGCACUGGAAGCAAUGGCGAAUUCGCAAAUGCAUAUGAAUUACGUAUUUAGGUCGAGACUUUGGUCCUUUGUAUACUAAGUCAAUUUCAUUUUGUUAUGUUGGUUGUCAUGUACCUCAAAGAUGAAUGUGCCUUAUCAACAAAAUAUUUGUGAAAAGAAGGCGUCUGCCAACUAACUGAAGCUUGUUGAACCUGAUACACUAAAAAACUAAACUCUGUCCCAAUAUCCAAACUCGUUCAUUACAUAGUAUGAAGUGAUGUAUUGGACAAGUAUACUUAGUAAUAUGCUAGUGUGGAUAUUAUAUGUACUAGCCAGCUUGACAUUGCACAUUUUUGCUGCAAUAUAUCAACUUCGCUAUUCUUCUAAACCAGGGCUUCUUAACCCUGUACCUGGGGACCCAAAGGGGUCCACAUUUUUGUUUUUACCUUCACACUACACACCUGAUUCAAAUCAUCAAAGCUUGAUGAUGAUGAUGAUGAUGGAUACUCCAUCUGUGCUUGAUGAUGAUCAACGUUUGAUGAUGAUCAUGGAUACUCCAUCUGUCCUCAAACCAUGUAAAGGGCUCUGACUGUUUUUGCCGACACUACACAGAUGAUUCAAAUAUUCAACUUAAUUUAAUUUAAUUUAACCUUGAUAUUAACAGGGAUUCCCAUUGGGACCAAUGUCUAUUUCACAAGAGAGCCCUGCAUACACAUCAUUUACAAAAUACAAUAUAGCUAAAACAAAUAUAUAUUUUUACAAAUACAUUCAAGAAAAUCAAUCACAUUCAUCAGCAAAGAGGUCCCCAAUCAACAUUUUAAACUCUCCGAGAGGCACCAGAACAUUCAGUUGUAGGGAACUCUGUAGAAAGUAAAAGCAGUUGUACCUAACUCUCAGGAGACUGGAGGCAUUUCUAGAGUUAGCCUUCCUGAGACCGAGUAUGGUAACUUGUACGUCUAAAGGUUAUUAUCAAAGUUUUUGUAAGAGAGCUUUUAAAUAAAAAGAGAGUGAUGAAUCGACCUGCGUGACUUCAAAGAGGGCCAGCCUACUUUAUGGUAAAGAAUGCAGUGAUGUGUACUGAAUCUGUCGCCCGUAAUAAAACGAAGUGUGCUAUGGUAAACUGCAUCUAAUGGCUUUAAUGAAGUGGCAGCUGCAUUCAUAUAGAUGAUGUCACCAUAGUCUAGAACCGGCAGGAACGUCGAUUGAAUGACCUGCUUUCUACUAUUAAGCGAGAGGCAGGACUUAUUUCUAUAGCAGAAUACUAUUUUUAUUCUUAACUUCUUCACUAACUCAUCAAUAUGCUUUCUAAAAGACAGCCCGUUGUCUAUCCAGAUGCCCAGAUAUUUGUAAGCAGGGACACGAUCUCAGUGGGCACCAUCCGAGGUGCACAUUUCUAAAUAAUUUGUGUAAUUUUUUAUGCGCUCUGGAAAACAACAUAUACUUAGUUUAUGCUUCAUUCAAUACUAAUUUAAGGUCAAUAAAGGUUUUCUCUAAAAUCACAUAAAGCAUUGUCCGGCUCAGCGUUACAUCCAGCAUCAGGCAUCCUGCUCAGCGUUACAUCCAGCAUCCAGCUCAGAGUUACAUCCAACAUCCAGCUCAGUUAUAUCCAGCAUCCAGCUCAGCGUUACAUCCAGCAUCCAGCUCAGCGUUACAUCCAGCAUCCAGCUCAGCGUUACAUCCAGCAUCCAGCUCAACGUUACAUCCAGCAUCUGGCUCAGAGUUAUAUCCAGCAUCCAGCUCAGAGUUACAUCCAGCAUCCGGUUCAGAGGUACAGCCAGCAUCCAGCAUCCAACUGAGAGUUACAUCCAGCAUGCAGCAUCCGAUGGCUCAGAGUUACCGGAUGCUGGAUGUAACUGGGCUGGAUGUAACAUACUUCAAAAUAAGAGUCCCCCGAUAUGUCAUGCCAAAAUAAAUGUCCUGCAAUUUCCGAUUUCAAAAUAAGAAUCACUCGCUUUGCCAUGCCAAAAUAUAAGUCCUCCGAUUUCCAAUUUCAAAAUAAAAGACCCUCUAUUAUGGCAUGCCAAAAUAAAGUCCUGCGAUUUCCGGUUUCAAAAUAAGAGUCCCUCGCUUUGUCAUGCCAAAAUAAAACUUCAGAUUUCAAUGUAGUUUUUUUAUUUUUUGCUUGUUAUUUUGACCAUUGCAACUGUCAACACAGAAAUACCACAAUGUUGCACACACAAACGUUUAUGUAAAUGUUUAAUGUGAUACACAGAAUGAAACAGCAUCGGAAUGGUGAUGUUUUUGGGGGAGUAUUAGCAAUGUAUUCAGCUACAAGUGUUUGUGGCAGACAAGCCCAACCUAGAGACAGCAGUCAGGAUUUAUUCAAUCAUAAAAUAUGUAGUCAACAUGUAAUUAAUCAUUAGUUCAUUAUAAAAUAGGUUCAAUCAAACAAUCACUUGGAUCAAUUUCAGUGGCAACAGAAAUUGAAUUUGAAUUCCAGAAUUUAGAAUUUGUAAUUGGAUAUUGAAUUUGACUAAUAUAUUUUUAUUUGUGUUGCACAAAUUGAAUCAUUGAACUCAUAAACUGAACUUGUAUUUCAUGAUUUGAAACUGAAUUGAGUGAAUAUUGCAUUCAGUUUUAAAAUUCAAUUUAACUGAAUAUACAAAUUCAAUAUUGAUAUAUUCAGUUACAAUAUGGUAUAUAUUAAACUGAAACUUCUGGCGGUUUCUGAAGCCAAUGGGGCAUGUGUCUUCCUAUGAAUUUGAUUAUUGCAUUUGAACAGUUUUGGCUGUAAGCUAUUAUGACCCCAUUCCUGAAAGCGAAGACGCUCUGGAAUAUAUUGUGACGGAGAGUGUUCUGGUGGUUUCCGUUUGAUAAACACCAGUCAAACAGACAGACAUUUAUGUAAUUGUGCCAUUUGAAGCAUUUGGGUCAGGCAGUAUCUUUCACAGCAGUGUGUGUCGUUUCCUGUCAGUGCGGAGAUGGUUGUAGACACAAUAUGGACCAUAGCUGCAGCCACCUCUUCCAAUUCAGCUUGAGUUAGUGGUGUGUGGCAUCCAUCCAGCUCACCCAUGCAAAUGUAUCAAAAAAGCAGUAUGAAUCAAUACAUGUAAGACCUUGUACCUUAAUAUUGGAAAAAUACAUGUUGAAUUGAGUGGGCAACUUCCCCGUCAGUGGUUUAUCAGAUUAAACUUUUGACAUUCAACAUUCAUGAAUUUGAGACAUUAAUUUGAACAAAUAACACAUUUAACAUAGCAAAGAGCGGACUGGAUUAUUGGACUGGAAUACAGAUAACUAGACUAGCUGAGGAAGGUCUAUCUGCGGACCACAGAGUGUGGCGUGUAGUGACGAUCGAUUACACACCACGCCCACCAAGUAGUGCCUCGUGAGAGUUGGGUUCAAUAAGUUCUGGCUACAGAACUGACACGCAA